UUACUGAAUUUCUCAACAGAAAUGAAUCGGCACCAUUAUGCUGUCUUCAUUCGAAAUUGCCGCUUGAUUCUUCUUCUACGAAGAGAUUUUUCGGAAGGUGAUCCAAAUAUUUUUCGACCGGCGGAAUGGCGAUGGAAGUUGGCUCAGGUGUGCGACGAUCGUUGGCACCACUAUGCUGUUCAGGUUGACUUUCCCAAGGUAACCCUUUAUGUUGAUGGUGAAGAAUGGCGAACGGAUGAGAAGAAUCCGGAAGUUAUAGACGAUUGGCCACUUCACCCUGCAAAAGGAGUCAAUACUACUUUAACAGUUGGAGCCUGCUGGCAAGGUUCUGACAAUAAAACAAAGCAUCACUUUCGCGGCUACUUAGCAGGUCUCUCAGUGUUGAUAGGGCGAAAUGAAAAACCCGAAGUACUCUCCUGUCUUCGUCGCUGCCAAGAAGGUCUCCAUGUUCCAUCGAUGGAUCUCCUCCAGCCAGGAACGCAGUUACUGACCAACUCAGAAUUAUCUGAAGUACGAAUUGACGGAGAUAACCGAACAAAUGUGGAAAUGCUUCUUCGCAGAGUUGGUUAUUCCAAUUCCCGUCGAUUCCCAACACCGGGUAGAAGAAACUUUAGACUAGAUACGACUAUUAUUUGCGAAGGCAAAGAAGCACGUCCAUUAGCCGUACCUGCAAUCCAAUCGUACAUCACCGUCCUGCCGCCACCUCGGCCAGGAAUUGCUGUUAAUGGAACCGGAUACGUAGCUCGAGAAUACGUAGACUUUCGUUUAGGUGUAAGGGUAUUCCCAGAUGCAAAAGUAACAGCAGGUUCUGCAGCAAGAUUGGAUGCUUGUGCUGUCAGUGUUUUCCCUAGUUUAAAUCCAGAUCAUGAGAGUUUGGGAUUAUCGGGUGAUGCCUUAUUACGAUUACAUUCAGUUACUGCUCGAAUUGAUCGUGAUGGUGUAGUGCUUUCCGGUGCUGAUACACCAUACAAUUAUCAGCAACUUAUUCGUUUAAUUACCUACACAAAUCGCAAGCCCGCUUACUAUCUGGAUAGAGUUUUCAAACUCACUUGCUCUGAAUUAAGCGGUCGUUUUGCUAGUAACGAGUACAUACAGACAUUGGCUGUGAUUCAUCCAAAAGAAAAGAGCAGCCCUCCUUCUACACCUUCAGAACCACCAAUCGCCCGUAUUCUUGAGCCGGCACCUGGUCACGUCCAGCUUUCACCACACCACGCUCAACUUCCCGAAGAAUAUGCGACCACUGCACUUCGUGACAACUCUCGAGUUUCAAGUGGAAGUCAUGCUGUUACUAUUGUAGCCGCUACUUGCGUAGGAUUUUUACUCCUUAUGGCUGUGCUUGGCGCCGCUAGAAUUCGUGGAGCAGCUAAACGACGUAGAUCAGCUGGUGAUGAAUUGGCUGCUGAGACUGAAAUGGCUUGGGAUGAUUCGGCUUUGGCCAUUACUGUCAACCCUAUGGAUAGGCUUGCUGACCAACAGGACCCCCACAGUAACGGACAGAGAGAUGAAGAUGUGGAUGAUUCCGGAAGUUCGGACUCUGAUGAUGGUUCAUUUAGAGAUGACGAGUUAGACAGCACUGACUGCGAAAAUGACUGUGAACUCGUUACAGGGCACCAUCGCCAUAGCUCGCCCCGUGAUUUGGAGUGGGACCAUCGUGACGUUUAAAUCCCUUACUUCUAAGAUUUCUUGUCGCAGGUUCGCUUUGGUUUUAUACUACCAUUAUAUAUACAUUACUCUCUCGCUUCUCGGUUCUUUUGACCGUAUGACUAACCGACGCUUGUCCUUCGCAAUUCUUUCAAGUAUAUUUUACGUUGGCCUCGACGGUACCUGCGCAGCAAUCUCUUAGCACCGUAAGAAUAGCUCUAUCCUAUUAUAGUAAUGUAGCAGCUAAACAAAGCACGAAGUUAAAGUAAUUUUGAUCAGCAUUUUCUUGAUACAGGGUGUCUUAAAAGUCCUUACACGUUAUACUCCAGGACAUAUUAAGUCAUAACUUGUAUAUAUUUAUUUCAAGCACAAAUAAGUUCUUCUUUACAUCGCUUGUAUUCGAUUAUGUUAUCGUUUUCUUCGUAAUUGUGGUCGAUUGAUAUUUUAUUACAUUUUGAUUAAAAAUAUUAUGAACAAAAACAAUAUACAUAUUUCAUAGAUACAUUUUUGACAUAUAUAAUAUUUAAAUACUUUUUUUUUUGUGACGUUCUAUUUUUCACGUGACUUUAUUUUACCAUUUAUUUAAUGAAUAUAAUAAUUUCAAAACUGAAUGUAUACCGUGCAAAGUAUUUUUAUUACAUUCAUUCGUUUACUUUUUUAUAUUCUAAUCAAUUGAACUAGGUUAUAUGUUUAACACACUUUCCUAAAGUAACAUAUGAUUAAAGCAAAUUAUGAACAUAUUAAUUUGAAUGUAAUGCUUAAUAACUUUUACAUUUUAUUUUUACUGUAUUUGUAUUUGCUUAUUUUAAUUCCGUUUAGAAUCAUUAUAAAGCAAUGAACUAGUGUAAAGAAUACCGUUACUUUUUAGCACCACACAGUUUAUAUUUAAAUAAAUGGAUCGAAAUGUUAACUACAUUUAUUAAUCAAAAUUUUAAUUAUAAAAUAGUUAAUAAAAAAACUUGAUGAAGAACUUAGCGAUUUCUAUUACAGUGAAUUAAUCCAAUCUUUGCGUAAGUUAAGUAGACCGAUCAAACUAAAUAUUUUGAAAAUAAGGACUCUUCUGACACUCUGUACAAUGAAUUUAACGGUGUACUUUUAAUGUACACAGCGAACCGAUCUUCGCAAAGCACGGACAUCUACUACUCACUGAUAGGUACUAUGAGACAAUUUAUUUUUCCAACGUGCAUAUCAUAUCGUUUUAUAAAGCGGGAAUGGAUUUUCUUUUAUCAGUCUCUCACUUCCUCCUAUUUCAAAUCUGGUUUUGUUCUUCCUUUAUUUUUGCCAUAAACAAUCUUACACAUUAUAUAUUACAUACUCUCGGCAUCUUUCCUUUUCAUAAAUCCUUCCAAGUAAAGUAAGUAGCGGCAUCAUUGUAGCAUAUUAAGAGGACAUUAAAAAUAAUAUAAUGUCUCAACUAACGCGAAGCUGUAUGUUAUAUUUAAUAUGUCAUAAUGAUAUCUUUACUUAGUUCAUUACCAAGGCAUUAAUCUUCCUUUCUUUUUUCAUGAAAUAUAUCUACGCACCUAAUGUCCCUCUAUCUUAUGCUACUUAAUAAAGUUCAGUGGAUUUGAAAAAAAAGUUAUACAACCAUGAAGAAGACGGCGUUGCGGCUACGAACUAGAUUAGGUGAAUGCACCAGCGUCAAUUGCCCGAUCCCGAAGUGUUAAAUGAUUUUAAGUGUCCAGUUACAUUAGUAGCGAUACAAGUAUUCUGCGAAAAAUUUGUGGUAAUAUUAAAAUACGAACGGCUAACUGUACUUAAGUGUCUUGUUAUCUCCUUAAAUAAUGAAGUUUAAUAUCCUAAUCAAUACGUUAUGGGUGAAAACUCAUUUGUAUGCAUUUAAUACUUAAAAUAUUUAUUGUUCUUUUGCCAUUUAUCUUUGUACAUUGUGCGUAGGUUUCAUGAAAAAAAAAAAAACAAAUAGAACAUUAUCGUAAUCUUUAUGCUUUCAUAUAAUUACUUUUGAUAUAUCAUUAUCAUUUUCGAGUUGCAAAUGUUGUAGGCUGAUUUAUCCAGUUGAUUCAAACUGUUCAGUAAUCAUAUUUUACUUCAAUCAUUUAAUUAUCUUUUUUGAAAGCAUAAAGUACGUAGUAUUGUUACAUAUUAUACAUAUGCUUACUAUGCAUAAAUUACACUUUGAUAAAAAAAAUAAAAGGCUAAAAAAUGUACCACUGAGAAAACUUUUAUGUUUCAAUCAAGCCCGGUACGUAUUUUUCUAUAGAACGCGAUUCUUCUAGUACAUACUACAGUAUAUUGUAAUAAAAUUGUAACUUUUAUGAAAAAUGCAGUCCCUGCUUGUGAUAUUAUUACAGUAGUAAGUAACACUAAAUCGCUAUUCUUUAAUUAAAAACAUGCACUCUAUAUAUAAAUAUCACAAAUUUAUUAUGUAUAAACGAAUUCUUUGGUCUAAUUCUAGAACAAUUUUAUUUAUUGCUAAUCAGUGAUGAUGUUUUUAAUACGUUGCCGGUAAUUUAACGACGAAUGCUAGAAGUAAUGAAAAUAGGAAUUCUAAUAUACAAUUGGCAGUUUUUUAUGUAUGAACCGCCAAUUGUUCCAUUAAUUUCUCUUAACAAAAUUCAAUGAUCUUGCUUAUAUUGUACGAAUUAGUAUUGAUAUUACUCACCAUUGAGUUUCUAUUGUAAGAAAAUCCUGGUCGUCUAAUUUUAAAAUCUUCGCUUCGGGAUCGGUCAGUUUCAAUCUUGUACUUAAACUAGAAAGAAACUACAAUAAAACAAAUUUAAUAUAUUCGAACAUGUGCGAAUAAACAGAGAUAUACACAUUCGGGUACAGUAUGAAACAACGGGGGUGAUGAGCGCGGCAGUUUUUUAAUCUGAAAUGCAUAUAUCAUAAUUAAAUAUUAAAAUAGAAAAAAAAUUGUUUGGAGUUUUCAAUUUUGCAGAUUACUUUUUUUUUCUAAAACUUUUGAAGAUAUUACAUUAGGACUUUGAUUAUUUGGAAAGCAAUAUAUUUUCGUACAUUGAUAUAAUAUAAUUUAUUAGAAGUUUUAUUUUAUUUACUUAUUUCAUAAGCUAUAUAAUCAGACUAUAUUGUUUCGUUUUAACAAAUAUCAACUUGUAGUUAAUUGAAGCAUAUCUUUCGCACACAAGUUCGGUCAUUUUAGAAAAAUAAAUAUCAAGCUCUUCACAAUCUAUAUAAUUCAUCAAUUAAUAGAAUAAAACGGUCAUUAAUAUUGGUUGUAUGUUUGAAGAUUUUCAAAAUGAUAUCAUUGAUUUUGAGAAUGCACCAAAGAUAUGGAUUAUUGGUCGUUACUUAUUUCACUACAUCGCUGAAUUGUAAGGGCAUGAACGAUUCGUGUAGAUUAAUUAUUUAUUGUUUUAUCUCGCUAUUUUGACUCGAAAACGAAAUGUAUACUUGUAUAUAAAUGAUUAACGCAUUUAGAAUAGCACCGACAACAGAGUUCAUCACAGAAAUGUGAUAUUUCCAGUGAAUAACUAUAAAAUCAUCUAACUUCGAUAAAUAUGUUAUAUCCGUUACAAAAAUGAUUUUCAUUGUAUUUCAACACUAUCUUUUGUUAUUAAAAAUUAUGUCUUCGUGAAUCUUGAGUCUUGAAAGAAGAGAAUGAAUCAUUACUCUCAUUGUCACAUCCUGUACAUACAGAGUGAUUUGCAAACCUCGUUUUACGAAACAUUCCCAUCAGUUGUUCACCUUUAAAAAUUUAUAUUACAAAGCAUGAUAGAUCUUGACGAAUGAAAUAUUUAUGUGAGCGAUUCCAUCAGACUUCAACCACCACCCGUCUUUUAUUUGCUGUGCUACGUGGAUUCGGUCGUUUUUAUUUCAAAUACAGAUAUCUCGGAGUCGGUGCAUCGUAUCGUAAAAACGAAAGUUUUGGUUUUUAGUAUCUACAAUAAAAAAAUUUUUUUUAAUUUUUUGAGUAAUCUAAACUUGUUUCAAGAAAAGAAAUACACGAAAUUUUGUUUCCUGACCAAAGCCCCAUCGAUAUCGGUGUUACGGAAUUUUUUUAAUAUUCUGUAGACCGAAUAUGAUCUUUGUGCAAAAUUACAAAUCGGGACAUCCUGCCGUUUUUUAGUCACAGAUUUUUUUAAUUUAUAAGAACUAAUUUUUGGUUUUUCUGAUUAAAUUAUCUCUCUGCAUUUUUCAGGGUUGAGACUGUCUUUAGGGUUAUAAACUUAAAGCUCGCAUUACUUUUUUUUUAAUUUAUUAGAAUUUAUUUAUUUUUGUUUAAGAUUUUUAACAAAAAUUAGUGUUCUUAUAAAUUAAAAAAAAAUGAUGACUAAAAGUGGCCGGAUGUCCCAAUUUGUAAUUUUGCACAAAAUUCACAUUCUGUUUACAGAAUAUUAAAAAAAUUCCGUAACACCGAUAUCGAUGGAACUUAGGUCAGGAAAAAAACAUUUUGUGUAUUUGUUUUUUUUUUAAACUGGUUUAGAUUACUCAAAAUUUUUUUUCCUUUUUUUUUAUUGUAGAUACUAAAAAAACACAAAACUUCCAUUUUUUAAAUAAUUUUUUAAUACGAUGCACCGUCUCCGGGAUAUCUGUGUUCAAAAUAAAAACGACCGAAUCCACGUAGUACAGGAAAUAAAAUACGGGUGGCUGAAGUCUGAUGGAAUUGCUCACCUAUAUUUUUUUUAUAUUAACAAUAGUGUUUCUUCGUAUUAAAUAAUUGUUUAACAUGUGUCGCUGAUCUUGUAGACAGAAUAUAAAAUACUAUGACUAUCUUCCCUCUUAAAAUCAUAGUUAUGAACAAAACUUUGAACAUCUCCAAAAUUCUUAAAAGUUAUUUCAUUGAUUUUUUUAAUCACUCUGUAUACACAACAUACAUAUACACUACAUACACAUAGUCGAUCAACGAUAAGAAUGUAAGAUGUAGCGGACUUUUACACUGAAAGUUAAAAGCAAAUUGCUCCUCUUCGAAUCCUCUAAACAUAUUUUUAUUGUGGAUGAGCGGCAAUACGAGAGAGCAGAUGUAAUACCGUACGUGCUUUUAGGCAAUCAAUUAUCGGAGAUGAAGAGGUACUAAUAUAACUUUGUAAUGACACUACAUAUUGCUUUUACAUGCUUCGGAUAUAUUAUCUUAACGUUACUAACGGCAAUUAUUUAUAAUUCGUUAACAGCUAUUGAAUAUAAUGGUAUGGUAUGGUAAUGGUUAAAGGUAUAAUUAAUCUUUUUGCUUCAAUGCUGUAUCAAAAAUAAUAAACAGUUCGGAAAUGGAAUAAAUAUUGAAGAAUAUUGACUUUUUUUCUGUGUAACACAAAAUAUUAGAAUGGCUACUCUAAGUUUAAACUAAAGUAAAUAUGCCUAAUCUGUAAGAAUCAAUUUCCUUCCGGAAAAUUAUUCGAGGAAUAUGUGCAAACUUCAUAUAAGUAAACUUACAGAUGACGCAAUGGGAUUUGAUGAAUAUACUUCUUGUCAAGUAAUCGUUUACAAUUAAAAUGACUUUAGCGUUUGUGAAAGUAAUAAAAUAUACAUAUAUGUAUACAUUGAUUUUGAAAAAGUUGAGGAGCAAUAAUAAAUUUGUAUGCAGAGACGUCAACAGAAGAAUGCGAAAGUAAUAUAUAAGUAGUAUCGCUUUUCGUAUGGUAUUACAGGUGCUUAUUGUGUGAUUCAUAGAAACCCAGGCGAGUUUUUUUUCUUGGUACACAGAAUGCACGUAUCUCCUCAUUCGCAAAAUGAAGCUAGAAAAAAAUCUGGAAAAAAAAUCUUUCGAAGAAGGGACAAUGAAUUUGUAAUGUACUAUUAUAUUGUGUAGGCAGCUAAUAUAUGAUAUAUAUAAAUAUAUAUUAUAAUUAUAUAAAUAUGUACCCAGUCAUCCAACGGUUUACUCUAUACCACUUACUCGCACAAGUAACAAAGAGUAAAGUACCAAUAAACUAUCUUCAUAAUUACCGACAAUUUAUGAAAACUGAUGGAUCGUACAUAAUUCGAUCGGUAAUUGAAGUAAUUAGCCGAGUAAAAAAAGGAUUCCCUCCCACGUCGCAAAUUGUGUGUUAACUAAUAAGAUUAAAUAACGUUCUAGUACUAUUAAGGAAUUAAUUAUUAUUACCGAUUACGAAUAAAUUGGUGAACAAAUCGCAUGGAGAUACGUUUUCGGACUGGUCCGAAGUGCUAACGAUUGUGCAUGGAAAAUUUGUGGGAUAAUUUAUGAAGUAAUAUUUAUGGUUAAAAAUACACAUACACAACACGCGCGCGCCUGCGUUUAUGCACACGCACACUCAUACGCGCCUACACUAAAGCAGAUCAUACACACCUUAGGAUCAUGUAUUGUCUGGCGACGUAUUAUUAUAUACAUAUAUAUCAUACAUAUAUGUAAUAAAUAUUAUAAUGUGAACUGUAUUUGUUUAAUAAAGAUGUACAUUCGGACUAGGA